CGCCCGUUGACAUUUUCAAUCUUCUCUCCAGGGGCCUCACUCCCUCUAUUUUCCACUUUUACCCAUUGAUGGACUUAUAAAGGUGCGGAAUUAUGGUUGAAGGACACUAGUCUGCCGGGAAAUGGAUACCGAGUGUCCAAUUUGUCUGGAAAUCAUCACACCUCUGAGUGGGAAGACUCUACUCGUUUCUGAAGUAUGCGACCAUAAAAUAUGCGACGUUUGCGCCGAACGACAGCUGGCAUCUCAAGCUGGUCAUACACAGUGCGCCAUAUGCCGCUGUCACAUUACACGUAUGUCAUUCGUCCCCUUUGACAUUUGCUCCAUCUACUACAACUCACACAAGGAUGCUAGAAAAAGGGUUUUGCAAGUGUACAAUGACACGAGGAUUAACUUCCAGACAACUCCAGAGUAUAAUAAAUACCUCGAAGAUCGCGAAGCACUAAUUGUUGAGCUGGCGACUUGUAAGAACGAGGUGAGGAGGAAAACGCUGGAGCAAGAAAUAAAGAGCUACGAGAGAGCCAACGCAUCAAGGAUAUCGGAAAAUAUCGCAGUCCAGAAGGCUGAACAUCGCAAACGCAUACGCUCAAUAGUGGAAAAGGAAAAAACAUUUUACGAAAUUGUGGACAAGGGAGCUCCAUUCAAUCCGCACAAACUACAAGAUCUGAUACAUCCACUGCAAAAAUCGUGUCCCUCGUACUUUUUAGAUGAAGGAGCUGUCCUGGCCUCCAAGGGAGAAUCCAAGCCCCUAAAUGCGGCAAUAAGGUCAGAUUCUGAUAUACAAAGACGUGUCUACACCUCAAGGAUCGAAUUUUUGGAGUCUGAUAUUGCUGGAGGAUACUCAAAGGAUCUUGUUUCAACAAAGUGCAAGAUGCUUACCAUGGCAACUCUCCUUUGGAACAUUUAA